AAAACAAAAAGACACAGAAGAAAUUCGUGGAAACGUCACAGACGAGAUCUAGCACGAACCCGUAGUGUGGUGUAGAGAAAGAGAAGAAGCAGGGAGCUUCAAAAAACCCUAGAGAUUUUUGUUUUCCAUUUGCAGAAGACGUCGAAGAAGGAGAGGAUAAGAUUUAGCCACCCCACGCACGCUCGAAGAUGAACAUUUUCAGAUUAGCAGGUGAUAUGACUCACCUGGCCAGUGUUCUCGUCUUGCUUCUCAAGAUCCACACCAUCAAAUCCUGUGCCGGUGUCUCGUUGAAGACUCAAGAACUCUAUGCCAUUGUCUUUGCUACGCGCUAUUUGGAUAUUUUCACGAGCUUCGUGUCUCUCUACAACACUUCUAUGAAGUUGGUGUUCUUAGGAAGUUCCUUUUCUAUUGUUUGGUAUAUGAGGUAUCAUAAAGCAGUCCACAGGACUUACGACAGGGAGCAAGAUACGUUUCGUCAUUGGUUCCUUGUGCUUCCAUGCCUACUCUUAGCUCUUGUGAUACACGAAAAGUUUACCUUUCUUGAGGUACUGUGGACGUUUUCAUUGUACUUGGAGGCUGUUGCCAUAUUACCUCAGCUUGUCUUGCUGCAAAGGACUAGAAAUAUUGACAACUUGACCGGGCAAUACAUAUUUCUCCUUGGGGGGUACCGGGGAUUAUACAUCCUCAACUGGAUCUACCGUUACUUCACUGAGCCGCACUUUGUUCAUUGGAUAACAUGGAUCGCGGGGCUUGUUCAAACAUUGCUCUAUGCCGACUUCUUCUACUACUAUUUCCUAAGCUGGAAGAACAACAAAAAGCUUCAAUUGCCAGCUUAGAUUUCCAAAAUUUUCGAUGCUUGGAAACCCUACGGAUUCAAUUUGGAUGUUUACCAGUUUACUCCGUUGGUGGUUUAAUAGAGGAGACGAGCAUAGAUAUGUAAAAACUCCAGCGAUCUAACUUAUUAUAUUACACUCUUUUUUUGUUUGGGAACUUUAUUCGUGUCUCAACUUUUUGCUCGAGCUAGUGUUAUUACAGGACAGUAAAAA